UCAUUUCUUGACUGUUAGCAGAACAAGUACGCAAAUGAGUACAUUUGCUUUGAUUUUUUUUCAAUUGGCAUUUCUUACCAACAUUGGAUAAGAUAAUUUGUAGAGAUUUACUAUUGAUGGAUGAUUACAAGAUUGCAUUGUUGGCUCUAACAAUAUUUUUUGUUCAUUUUAUCGAGCGCGAGUCUGUUCACGGUUUACCUUCCAGACUAGUAUCCGGGCUUUUUCCCCCACAAAAAACUUAACAGACUCGCUUGAGUGGCUUAUCCAUGGACCGUGAAGCGAUUUAAAAUCACUUUGCCGCUUGAUAGGACUCAUUUGCUGAAAAUGACAUCGGAAGCCAAAAGAGCCAAGAUAGAUGAUGACACUCCCCUACUUAACUUCCUCCGGUGGUGUAACGGCGUCGGUCUUGGGCUCAGCUCUAAGGUACGAGUGAGCAAAGAAGGCACUGUAGCCGAAUAUGGGAUGUUGGCUCAGGACGACAUCGAGGUUGGUGAGGUAUUGUUCACCAUCCCCAGAGCAGUUCUUCUUCACCAAGGGACAACAAGCGUCUCAGCACUGCUGGAGAAAGAAAGGGUCUCCCUGGAGAGCUCGUCAGGGUGGGUGCCCCUUCUGCUGGCUCUUCUGUAUGAAUACACUACACCACAAUCCAAAUGGAAACCAUAUCUGUCAUUAUGGACUGACUUCAAGAUGCUAGAUCAUCCCAUGUUCUGGUCCAAAGCGGAGCGAGACAGACUGCUGAUGGGAACUGGAAUACCAGAGGCAGUGGACAAAGACCUGGCCAACAUCCAAAGGGAAUACAGAGAUGUUGUCCUGCCCUUCAUGGCCAAGCAUCCCGAUAUAUGGAACCCGCUCACGCACACACUGGAGCUGUAUAUGCAACUGGUGGCUUUUGUCAUGGCAUACAGUUUCCAAGAGCCACAAGAAGAGUUAGAGGAGGAUGACGAAGAGGAAGAAGAAGAUGAGAAGGCCCCAAAUCCACCUAUGAUGGUUCCUAUGGCUGACAUGCUUAACCAUGUGUCCAAGCACAAUGCCAAUCUGGAGUUCACCCCUGACACUUUGAAGAUGGUGUGCGUGUGCCCCAUCAAGAAAGGAGAGGAGGUGUUCAACACAUAUGGGCAGAUGGCCAACUGGCAGUUACUGCACAUGUACGGUUUCACUCAACCGUAUCGCAACAACGCAGACGACACGGUUGACAUUCCUGUUGCCAACCUACACAAAGCGGCUGCAAAAGAUGGUGAUCAGCAGCUGUUGAAGGAGAUGUGGGAGGUGCUACAGGAGAAAGGAGCAUUUGUCUUUGGAAAAAACGGCUGCCUCACUGACAUGGAACUACAUAACACACUCAAGAUGCUGUGCAUGUCCAGGGAGGAGUUUGUAGAGUUCAAAGACAAUGAUGGCUGGGAGGAUGACGAAGAUGAGGAAGAGAUUUCUCAAGCCUUCUCCAAUGAAGGGCUCCCGGGAUUAACGAGCAAGUGGAAGCAGUAUAUCCACGAAGCAGCACGUCUGACUGUGGAGGGCUACCACAACAUAGACAGAGACCGGGUCCUGAUGGAGGAACGGGCUUUGCUGGAAGGUUUGAGCAGCAGGCAAAGGAACGCACUUCACGUCCGAUAUGGACAGAAAACCAUUCUGGAAAAAGUCAUGGAGCUCACAAAGACAUGAAAUUGGAAGUGCUUCUCUUAUGCAGCAAUGAUCAAUAAAUAUUCUCAUUAUCGUUCUCA